GUGAUAGACAACUACUGCAUCUAAGGUACUAAUAUGGUAGCUCUGAAUCGGAAACCGGAAUACGCUGGCGGAAUCCCCUUCAGCCCUCCCUCGUUAACGUUUAUAACAGCGCAAGAUUCCCAUUGUUUUCUUUUCUUGGAUUCGAUAUUGGAAUUCGAUAUAUGUAUUCACAAGUCUUCCCGUCGAUAUGCAAUGGAAGACACUGAGCUGCCCCGUAAACGAGCAGCAGAUCAUCAGGCUCAAGCCCUACCAACACAGCCAAUGGAUAUCCAGAAUCAGAUUGUCGACUGCGUAUGCUUGGCUUCUGGCAUGCUUCGCAUCCACGGCUUUGCUCACCUCCAAGCUCGUCCUCUGGAGCCAUAUACUCCUCCUCUCAACUGGCUACGCAUCUCGAACAGUAGCAGAGAUCUAUUCCUACGAGCUUUGGAUCUUGUGCAAGACAAGCCGAAUCUGUCGCCUACGUCAUGAUAGACAGUGUGUCAGAAUUCCUCAGCGAAAACCAAAGCGAGGAAAUGCGUCGAGACUGGAAACACUUAGUCGUGAGGAACCCCACGAGUUAGAGGAGCCAUAGGACUCUGAGACAGAAGUCGCCUAUGCUGGAGCAUUGAGUUUAUUGGUGGGAAUAUGGAAGACUAGGAGGAGCAAGAAACAUAGUGCGAGGAGCGUUUGCCGCAAACUCAUCGUUUUCCCUAUGCUUCUACAUAAAAGCUUCGCCGAUAUGGCACAGGAGCUUCGGCCCGAGGCCCGCGUCGUACUCGCACAUUACUUCGCCCUUCUAUCAACGGCCAGCAAGAGCUGGUGUAUAGGCGACUCCGGGUUUAGGGAGGUUCGAGCAAUUUGCCAGAAUGUGCCACAAGAAUUGCAGAGUUUACUUGAUUGGCCAAAGAAAAUAUUGCUGGAGCAAGUUGUACCUUUGGACGAAAUAUAACAGCGACAGUUGAGGAUGUAGCCUGAUAUGAA